AUGCUAAAGGAUACCGCAAACAUCCAUUUUUUUGUUGGUCGUUACGAACUUCAUUAUGCUGAUUGCUCCCGCAUAUCAAUAUGGUCAGCGCGGACUUUUUCUGCCGCUAAGCAAAACACAAACAUCCCCGAAGGCCUGCGUGACUUCUUUGACGACCCUGUCAAUUAUGGGAGGGAUGAACUGGAUGAAAAAUAUAAGCCCGGCCGUCCGUGGAGUACCAAUGAAUUAAGGCUGAAGUCCAAUUCUGAUCUGCAUAAGCUCUGGUAUGUACUAUUGAAAGAAAGGAAUAUGUUGUUGACAAUGCAGGAAUCUUGCGCCCAGAAAGUACGCCGGAUGCCUAACCCUGAUAGAAUUGAAAAAGUUGCAGAGAGUAUGCGGAAUUUAGAAUCAGUGGUGCAUGAACGUAAUGAUGCCUAUUUUCGUCUGGAAACAGGAGAUGGAGCAGAUCCUCCUAUGCGUACUAUUACUUCUUUUGCUGGCUUUACUUAUAAAAAGCGUGCAAAAGAACAUAUUACACCUCCGAAUGUACACGAUGUGAAAGAAUAUGAAGUUCCUUACCUUGAUGAAGAUGCAUAUUUAUUGCAAAAGUUAUGGGCUGAGAAAGAACAUGCCAAACAGCGGGACUUUCUCGAUGAUGAAGUGAGACGAAAACGGCUUAGUGAAAAUCAGGUGAAACAUAAGUGUUCAGCGCGUUCCUACAUCAGUGAUAUUGCUCAACUUGAAGAAGUGAAAAAAUUGGUCUCUUAA